AUGGCUGCUCUCUCCACCCUAGCAAAGUCAGUUAAACCGGCCCUCAUCCUUAAAUCCUUCUUCACCCUCCUCUCAACCUACCUCCUGUACAAAACCUACCUCUACCCAACCUUCCUCUCUCCUCUCCGACGCAUCCCAGGACCACCCAACACCUGCAAAAACAACAAAUACCACAUCCCCUUCCUUGGCCAUUUCCUGGACCUCCUCCGUGAAGAGCCCGGCAAGACCUACCGCGAUUGGAUCGAUAAGUACGGAGGAAUUGUCGCCUAUAAAGGGCUUUUUAAUUCCCCGGAGGUCGUUCUUGCAGACCCCAAGGCGAUUUAUCAUGUCUUUUCAACACAUGCUGAUAAGUACCCGAAGCCGGAGCGUACUAUCCGGCUGUUGUCGCAGGUCGUUGGGAAAGGCAUACUGUUGGUCGAGGGGGAUGUCCACCGGAAGCAGCGCAAGAUGUUGAACCCGGCUUUCAGUCAUAAGCAUAUCAAGGAGAUGGUGUCGACGAUGGCUAUCCCUGCUGAGAUGUUGGGUAGGAUGUGGGAGAAACAGGUUGAUGUGUCUGAGGAUGAGUGUGUCGAGAUUGAUGUUGCGCGCGACUUGGGGGCAUGCACGCUUGAUAUUAUUGGACGGGCUGGGUUCGGGUACGACUUUCAGGCGUUGACGGUUCCGGAUAAUGAGCUGAGUCAUGCUUACCGCCAGUUGUUUUUCAGUAAUUCGCGCUUGAUACAGCUUCUUCGAUUCUUCGUGCCCUACUAUGUCGACAUCCCGUUCAAGCAUAACCGGAUCCGAAAGCAGAGCGCUCGAACUAUCGAUAAGGUGACGACAAGGAUCAUUCAGGAGAAGCGUGCUCAGAUUGUUGAGGGAAAGGGUUUGGGUGAGAAAGGAGAUGGGAAGGAUCUUAUGAGUAUCUUGAUCCGAGCCAAUGAGCAGGUUGGGACACUCGACGAUGGGAAACUGACAGACACGGAGCUCAAAGGCCAGAUUAUGACAUUCAUGGCAGCAGGCCACGAAACCACCUCUGCUACAGUAACAUGGAUACUCCACGUCUUCUCAACCCGCCCUGAGGUCCAGCAAAAAGUCCGUCAAGAACUACUGGAUCACAUCGGCCUCCCCACCGCCAGUGAGACCAACACCUGCCCCCUCUCCUAUGACACCCUCAACGCACUUCCUUACCUCGGCGCUUGCGUCAAAGAACUCCUCCGCUUCAUCCCCCCAGUCCCCUCAACCUCCCGCGUCGCCAGUCAGGACGACACCAUCCUCGGCUACGACAUCCCCAAGGGCACCCGAAUCACCCUCCCUUCCGCGGCCCUGCACAAACUCAAGAGUGUCUAUGGCGACGACGCUGAGGAGUUCAAACCCGAGCGAUGGAUGGAUCCCUCCCUCUUUUCCGAAGAAGAAAAGGAGUCGAUCAAGUUUGUGACGCCGGACAUGAUAUGGGCCUAUGUCCCCUUCCUGACGGGGCCUCGCAACUGUAUCGGGUCCAAGUUUGCGACCAUUGAGGCCAAGAUCCUGGUAUAUUACCUUUUGAUCAACCUCGAGUAUGCCCCCGUGCCUGGGUUCAAGUUUUCAAAGUCCGCUGGUCUGACCAAACCUUACCCUGGAAUGCGACUCAUCGUCAAGCGGGUUCAGCAUAAGGUCCCUGUCGUCGCUGAGGCGUAG